CCAUAUAUUGGGAGUCCGCACCGCAUCGAUCGUCAUGUCCAGGUCCAACCACACCUACUUCCAGGUCUGCUUCUGCUUCCGCCGGCGGUUCAAGGCCCCCGUCUCGGAGGCUCCUGCCGAGAUCAAGACGCUAUUCGAGCAGUACUCCGAGAAUGGAAUCAUGACCGUUGAUCAACUACAGAGAUUCUUGAUCGAGGUCCAGAAAGAGGAUAAGCCAACCAGAGAGGACGCUCAGAGGAUCAUCGAUGGCUUCAAGCACUUUCGCCAUACUGGUCUCAACCUCGACGCUUUCUUCAAGUACCUUUUCAGUGUUGUCAACCCUCCUCUCUCUCCGUCUCUUGUGGCACACCAUGAUAUGGCUGCCCCUUUGUCUCAUUAUUUUAUAUAUACAGGCCAUAAUUCCUAUCUUACUGGGAAUCAACUAACUAGUGACUGCAGUGUUGUUCCCAUCAUAAACGCUCUUAAGAGAGGCGUGAGAGCGAUAGAAUUGGAUUUAUGGCCUAAUGCCACAAAAGAUAAUGUGGAUGUUCUUCAUGGAAGGGCUUUGACUACUCCUGUGAAGCUCAUCAAAUGCUUGAAGUCUAUCAAGAAGUAUGCCUUUGUUGCAUCAGAAUACCCUGUUGUUAUAACUUUGGAAGACCAUCUUACCCCAGAUCUUCGACCUAAAGUUGCUAAGAUGGUCACUAGAACAUUUGGAGACAUAUUGUUUUGUCCUGGCUCAGAAUGCUUAAAGGAAUUCCCCUCUCCAGAAUCGCUGAAGAGACAAAUUAUUAUAUCAACCAAACCACCGAACGAAGACCUUGACAGGAAAGAAGUUAAGGAUAAAGAAACCAGUUCAGUGGGGGGUAAGGCUUUAGAUGAGGAAGAAGGUUGUGGGAAAGAAGUUCCAGAUGAUAAAGAUUUUGACGAUGGAGACAAGUCACAGCUUCCAGCUCCAGAAUAUAAGCAUUUGAUCGCUAUUCAUGCCGAGCAGCCUAAAGGUGGAUUGGAUGAUUGUCUAAGGGUGGAUCCUGAUAAAGUUAUACGUCUUAGCUUAAGUGAACAGAAACUUGAAAAGGCUGUAGUAACUCGUGGAAAACAAAUUGUAAGGUUCACCCAACACAAUUUGCUUAGGGUGUAUCCCAAAGGUCAACGUGUGGAUUCAUCAAACUACAAUCCAAUGAUUGGAUGGAUGCAUGGAGCUCAAAUGGUUGCAUUUAAUAUGCAGGGUUUUGGAAGAUCAUUGUGGUUGAUGCAUGGGAUGUUCAGAGCCAAUGGCAGCUGUGGUUAUGUGAAAAAACCUGAUUUUUUAUUGAACUCUGGUGAGGUUUUCGAUCCAAAAGCCAGAUUAUUACCAGUAAAAAAGACUUUGAAGGUUACUGUAUAUAUGGGGGAUGGAUGGUGCUACGACUUCCGUAAAACACACUUUGAUAUAUGCUCCCCUCCAGACUUCUAUGCAAAGGUUGAGAUUGCUGGUGUUCCAGCUGACUGUGUGAUGAAGAAAACAAAGACAAUAAAGGACAACUGGGUUCCUGUUUGGAAUGAGGCGUUUGAGUUCCCUCUCACCGUUCCAGAACUGGCUCUGCUUCGGAUAGAAGUUAACGAGUACGACACGACUUCCAGGGAUGACUUUGGAGGCCAAACAUGCCUACCUGUUUCAGAGCUAAGAAGAGGAAUCCGAGCAGUUCCCUUAUUCAAUCGUGAGGGGGCCAAGUACAAAUCUGUUAAGCUCCUUAUGCGGUUUGAUUUCCUUUGAAUAUAAUCUUUUAAAUGAGUUCCAAUCCUCCAUCCCCUCGGGGGAGGUGGAUAGUCCAUGAAGCUGCCAUCAACUAGCAUUGAAGUAUUUUCAUUCUUGUUUGCUGUGUGAUAUACACCACCAGAGUAAAAUCUGCUCUGCAGUUUCUUCUAUGAGUUUGUGGGAAACCACCUGUGUUUGUACUUGUAAAUUUGUGAUGUAAGGUGUGAUGAGAAUUCUU